AAUUCCAAUUCUUUCUGCUUCCCCUUCUUCUCUUUCUUCUUCGUGCUCACACCACGCCACCAAAAACAGAAAGAGCAGUGAUUAUCGAAUCAUGUCGACCACCGUAGCUCAGGUGUCGUUGCCGCCGGGCUUCCGCUUCCACCCCACCGACGAAGAGCUCAUCCAGCACUACCUCAAAAACCGAGCCAGCUCCCUCCCCUGCCCUGUCUCCAUCAUCGCUGACGUCGAUAUCUACAAGUUCGAUCCCUGGGACCUCCCCGCCAUGGCGGCGUUCGGCGAUCGCGAGUGGUACUUCUUCACCCCCCGCGACCGCAAGUACCCCAACGGCUUCCGCCCCAACCGCUCGGCGGCGUCGGGAUACUGGAAGGCCACCGGAACCGACAAGCCCAUAUUUCCCGGGAGGGAUAAGCUUCGCGGCUGCUUCGGCGGUGGCGGCGGCGAGAGCGAAAGCAUCGGCGUGAAGAAGGCCCUCGUGUUCUACAGCGGCCGGCCGCCGCGAGGCGUGAAGACCGAGUGGAUUAUGCACGAGUACCGCCUCGCCGAGGCGGAGCACAACAAGAGCCACGACUACAAGCCCAAGAAGCUCAACAGGGACUCCUCCAUGAGGUUGGAUGAUCGGGUGCUUUGCCGGAUCUACAAGAAGGGAAGCCACCACCAAUCCGCCAUGGACGCCGACCAGGAAGACUCCGGCGUGGAGGAGGAAACCGCCCUCCCUCUGCCGAAAUCUUACUCCUUCUCGGAGCUCCUCGACGCCGCCGACUACUCCUCCCUCUCUCGCCUGCUCGAUCACUCAUCUUCCUAUGGCAGCAACAAUUCGAUUCCCAACCAAUCCUUCAUCCACCACCACCACGACAACAACAACAACUACUUAGUUCAGCAGCAUCUCCCUCCUCGACCAGCCUCCCCCAGCUUCAAAACAGAGCACAGCCUGAAGCGCCAUGGCCGCCACCUCGAUAUCGACCAUGCCGAAGCAUCUCCGGUGAAAAGGCCUAACUUUGCACCCAAAAAUUUCACCUUCGUCGACCAAACUUUCUUCAAUCCGCAGUCGCUGUCAAAUUCUCAUCUGAUGAGCUAUCGCCAUCCAACCUAAGCAUAGAUGCGAAGGCUAGUGCCUGAAAAUUACCCUCCAAAAGGAAAAAAAAAAAAAAAAAAAAAAGAAAAAAAUCUAUGUAAAACUACAGAUCUUAAUGGUGACAACAAAAAUCUUCCGAGUUUUUGUUAAUUAAAAACAAAAAAUAGAACUUGGCUUGUACAUUACGUGCGAUCAGCAGGUAUACUAAUAUACUUAUAGUUGCAUCAUCA